UUGAAAUCACAAACAUGAUGAGAGUCCUGCUGCUCACCAGUCUUCUCCUGACAGGUGCGAGGUGCAAAAAGGACGUGUUUGUGUACAGCACAGUUGGAGGAGACGUUCUUCUUCCAUGCAUGGUGUCCUCAGACUGCUCCGCCAUCUCCUGGACCUUCUUUAACAAAGGCACGGACGUGCGGUUCGUCCAUGAGGUCGUCAAUGGGAAGGUGACGGCCGAUUCAGACAAAUCCAGCCGUAUGACCUUCACAUCCAACUGCUCCAUCAGCCUCCGCAACCUCAGGGUGCGGGACGCUGGAUCCUACGUCUGCCUGAGGAACGACCAGCCUGUCACUGACGUUUACCUCUCCCUCCUCACAAUCUCGUCUUUCUCCACCUUCACCGACCUCCAGCCUGGAGGAAUCCUCUCCCUGACCUGCAUCUUCUUCACUUAUUAUGACGCAGGGAGCUGCAAGUCAUACUCAAAGAGCGUGUUCGGCCUGAGCUGGGUGGAUGAGGAUGGGAGAAAGCUGCCCAACAACAGCAGGUACAACCUGACCAGCCACACUCGCUGCAACAUCACUCUGGUGACAAAACUCCAGAAGGACGACAACAACAGGAGGUGGAGGUGUCUGGUGAACACCACAGAGAACAGCAGAGCCGUGUUUCUGGACUUCAGGUCUGCCUUUUUGUUCCAAAAUAAUGAUGAUGACAGCCUGAAUCCUUCGGUCACGGCGAUGUGUCAGGUGAAGCUGCCCAUCAGCCGCAUCGUGCUCUGUGUGGCCCUCCCGAUCAUGGUGACCAUAGUGGCAUUCUUCACAUGGAAGUCGGACCGCGAGAGGGCCAAAGCAUCAGCAGAAUCCUUCAUGCUCCACGAGAUCAACUGACCGUCCAUCACUGCAGGAUUUUUGUAGUAUUUUCACUUCUCUGGCCCCUUUUCAAUCAUCACAUCCUCAUGGAUCCUGUAAGAGAAUACUACUACAGUUAUGUUGCAGUAUUGUAUUAUUAAUGACAUAUUUUGCAUGUAUGCAAAAAAAAGGUUCUUGUUGUUUUUUAGUUCUUUGUUUGUUUGGUUUUUUUGAUUUGUUUUUACUGCUGAAAUGUGUAAAAAACGUCGCCUGGAUGCGAUCUGUUGCUAUGUUGCGUUGUUUUAAAGCCUGUAUAGAUCUUUCAGCACUGAUGGUACAUUUCCAGAUGUGCAAGCCGCCGGACCAGGGGCAUAAUCAGACCCAACCAAUAUAACCCCCCAAUAAAAUUAUGAAUUAUCUUGCAUAAAUAGGCUGUUGAUUUUCUUUACUGAUUUCAGGUAUUACCAGCA